CCCCGGUUCCCGCGCAGUCUAGUCCGGCCGCCCGGGCCUCUCCCUUGCCUUCCUGCCUGCCUUCCUGCCGCGGCCAAGAGCACAGCCUGGCCCAUACCUACCUUUCUGUCUGGCUUUGUCUCAUGUCACCACCCCAAAGACGGUACAUUCUCGCCACACCAGACCCCAUGAUCUUCCUGCAUGCUGAUCUGCCUUUGUCCAUGAACGGGAGGCUUUGCUUGGGAUGCACUCUAUUCUUUUCCUGCUGACAUUCUGCUCAUCCUUAGAUGCCUGGUAGACAUCUUAGACCUUUAAAAACGGAAAAGACCUGCUUUUAGGGGAUAAUGCUGAGGGACACUAUGAAAUCUUGGAAUGAUAGCCAGUCAGAUCUCUGUAGCAGUGACCAAGAAGAGGAAGAAGAGAUGAUUUUUGGUGAAAAUGAAGAUGAUUUGGAAGAGAUGAUGGAUUUAAGUGAUCUGCCUACCUCACUUUUUGCUUGCAGUGUCCAUGAAGCAGUAUUUGAGGUGCAAGAGCAGAAGGAGAGAUUUGAAGCACUUUUCACUAUCUAUGAUGACCAGGUUACAUUUCAGUUGUUUAAAAGCUUUAGAAGAGUCCGGAUAAAUUUUAGCAAACCUGAAGCAGCAGCAAGAGCGCGAAUAGAACUCCACGAAACAGACUUCAACGGGAAGAAGCUGAAGCUGUAUUUUGCACAGGUACAGAUGUCGAGUGAAACACAGGACAAAUCGUAUCUACUGCCGCCCCAGCCGACCAAACAGUUCCUCAUCUCCCCUCCAGCAUCUCCUCCAGUGGGGUGGAAGCAGGGUGAAGACGCAAUGCCUGUUAUAAAUUAUGAUUUACUAUGUGCUGUUUCCAAGUUGGGACCAGGGGAGAAAUAUGAACUUCAUGCAGGAACUGAGUCGACACCAAGCGUGGUGGUUCAUGUCUGUGAAAGUGAAACUGAAGAGGAAGAAGAAACAAAAAACCCCAAGCAGAAAAUUACCCAGACAAGGCGCCCUGAACCUCCCACCACAGCCCUGGGCGAGCCCCAGACCUUCGACUGUGCGCUGUGAGGCCUCUGGCUGUGGCGCGAGGCAGCUGCCAUGGUAGGCUUCAGUCAUGGAGACCCAUGUGCCCCCCUCUUCCUCCCCCCGCUGGUGCGUUGCUGCUAAGAGUGUAGGUGAGGUGAGGAGUGGAUGAGGCACAGGUGUGCCCCAAGCCUGCACUGUGGACAUGGCAGCGUAGAGGCUGAUGUUACCUGUUCAAAAUGUUAACUGAUAUUCUGAACAGCACUUUAAAUUCAAGGAUUAGCCCGAACGUGUGGCAUCUCUUGACCAUUUUCAAACAGUAGCAAAUUAGGAAAAUGGCUUCCUCCAGAAUGUUCAUUUCCCUGAUUCCGUGUAGCAUGGGGUACCCAAAAACUAAAGUCACCACAUGCAGUACCAUUUUUAUGAAUUUAAGAAAGUAGUCUUAAAAUUUGAAUGAUCUCGCGUGGGUAUUUUUGUACUAGUACAAUGGCUUCUAAUUAAUCUCUUGAUGAAAGGUGAAUUGUUAUUCAGUAUACAUGAAAUUUUUUUUGCACGAAAAGAAACCUAAAAUAGAAAAUAAUUCAUAGAGAAUCAUUUUUUGCAAGUAUUUUUUUCUUUAGCUUUGGGGAAGAAAUGCCAAACUCACUUUGACUGUCAGAAUCAAAUGGCACAAAUCUAUGUGCGUGUUGUUUUCUUACUUAGAAGUCAGAAGAAAGUGAUGCUUACACCACUGUCCUAGGGCGGCGUCUCUUCCCCGAGAAAGAGCUGCUACUUUGGGAGGGGGAUGUAUUGCAGUGAGCUUGACCAUGACUCAUGCGGCUGCCAUAACCUGCCGCUUGUGACCAUGUUCUAGCCUAUCGCAUAACAAGCUGUCUUCAGCCACCCGUUGAGUUUUUCUGCACCAUCCAUAUUUGUGUGUGUCAUUUGUAGACUUUAAAUUAGAAAGGUAAUGCUAAGAUUUCCUGAAGACCAUUUAAAAAUUGUCCAUUUAAACAUUUUUCAGCUUGCUUUGAAAGAAAAGUCAUACAUACUCCUUUUCUAUGAAUUGGGGAAAGAUGGGGGAGAUCCUUUAAUCAGACUUUGUCUAUUGGUGAAUUUUUUUACCCUGACUUAAAGUAGGCAUUUUCCCCUAAAACAGAAUUGUUUCUCACUUAGAUUUCAGAGUGUAUAAUUGAACCUCCUGAAGUAGAAGCAAGCAUCUUUUUUAACCCUUUGGGGUCUAGUCAGACUUUGAAGGCCUUUUUUAUAGGAAAGUCUCAUAAUUAAGAAUGCUUUGCUUUCAGUCGGGCAGCUCUGCUGACUGUCUGCUCACACUUCUGUUUUCUUUGUACGGCAAGUGUCCGGAACAUCUGGGAUGUAUAUGAAGACAUAGGAGUUUGGACUAACACACCACUGUUAGUGCCACCACAAAUAGAGAAAAAUCCCGAAAUUCAGGCCAUGGUGUCUGUACAUUUUUGGUAACAUGUUUUUGUGGUUUAGAUGUUCUUAUUCUGGUAGAAUUUAUUUCUGAGGACUUAAACUGUAUUGCGGGGGGAAAAAGUUUUGUAUAUUUUCCUUGCCCUGAAGUACCCUGAGGUGAUAAACUCUUCUUGAAUAUAUCUACCAAUGACUGCUAAGCCUCAAUGUAAAUUCAGUUAAAAUUUGUGACUCCAUAAGCACUUUACUCAAUUCAGAUCAUCAUUUGGCAAUUUAACUGAUAGCCACUAAAUUCAGCAUUUUGCCAGCUUUUAAUCUUAUCUGGUUGUACUAACUUAUUGCAGAUUGGACCCUGUAAGCCGGGAAAUCUAUUUAUUUUCAACAGUUGGGGAUUUUUAAAUUUCCUUUUACUUAGGUAACAUUUAUUCACUGUAAUUCUCUAAGUGAUCAAAAUCCAUGAUGUUUUCUUACUUGGCUUGACUUUCACCUCUACCUUGCAGUUAAAGAAUAUUCUAUCCGUAACAUAUAAAACUUUUUUUAAAAGUCAAGCAGUGCAAAUUACAUGAAUUUUUCUUGUUUUUUUUUUCCAAGAGCAUUGAAUAGAUUCAAGAAACACUUAAACCAAAAUUAAAUAUAUAUAAUAUUUAAUAUAUAAUUAGUUCAUAUAUAUUAAAUUUUUCUGAAUGGGGAACAUUAAUAUUUUCCUCCUCUCUAGUAUAUUUCCGUAAGAUGAACUCUAAAAGAAAAACCACUAAAUGCCCAUUAACUUUUUAAUAUUGUGAAAUCAGUCAGCAUCUCUACAAGUAUUAUGGUUUCUGUCCUUUUUUGGCUAUUUUAUAUCCAGCUCAUAUAACUGUUUUGUAAGAAAUGAGUCCUGUGUGUCUUCUUUUUUUUUAAGUUUCUUUUAAUAAGUUUACCUACAUUUUUUCUUCUUUGAUAUUGAGUUAUUGCUUAGAUUUAACUGAUAGUAUAGUAGCCAUGUUUUCUUCAGGAAUCAUAACCUCUUUUUGGGGAUCAAAUUAUUUAGACAACUGUGAGGAAAGAAAAUGAGUCUUUGUGUUGGGAGAAAACAUUUGUGAAGGAUGAGAAAACUAUUAACACUUAAUAAGGAUAGUCGGCAGAACCUAUGAUGCAUUGGCUCUUAUGUUCUAGGUUCUUUCAACAUAGCCGCCUGAUGAAACCAGAAAUAAAUUCAUUUAAAAAGUGGACUAGUGUGAGCAUCUUCUAGUUUAAGGUGCUAAGAAGCAGAAAUGAUAAGAACAGUUCCCUUGCCUUGAAGAGCUGAAAAUCAGGUGGAAAACAAACUAGUCUGUUCACCUCUGCUUCUCCAAAAUGUUAUAUACUGAUAUACUGAAACCUAUCAAUCAUUAAAAGCCAAAUAAAAGCUACUAGGAACUUUUAAGUUCAACAUAAAAGUUUACACAGAACAUUGUGGCUUGUGAGAUGUUUGAAUCAAAGAGACACUGGAAGAUAGAAAUCAGGCACAACGCUCAUUCUUUUAGAAAACAGUUGUUUUUGUUUCCCUUUCACAUGAAUUCCAUCUUUUCAAAAUGUUGUGCUGUAAAGUGAAAAGAUUUGAUUUCUCAGACUCUCAAUGACAACGCUGACGGUGACUUUGGAAAUCAUAUAGUCUGUCUAAUCCUCGUGUCACACAGAUUAGAAAGCUGAGGGAUGUGACUUGCUUCAGAGCCACAGAAAGGCAGCCCGGGGACUAGAGUUGGCAUUCCCAAACCCAGGCUAGUGCUUUUUCUUCUUUUUCUUGCAUUAGCCUCUUAAAGAUACUCAGAGGCAGUAAAUCCCUGUCAUAAGAAAACAAAACAAGCAAACGUGGGGGGGCGGCUUUUUCUCCUUAUUGGAUGCAAUGAAUAAGAAAAAUCUUAGGUGAUGAAGUCAGUGACUUAGUAAUUUUAAUUAAUGAACUUGAUGUUCGCUAUUUUGUGUUUUUGUUGUAUUGAACCAUUGGGAUUGGAAUCUACUUAAAUAGUGGGAUCUUGGUAGCCAGCAGUUACUUUGAGAUUUUAUGUUGGCUUGCCUAGAUUUUAAUAAUAAUGAAUUAGUAUAGAUAGUCAUACUUGAUGUGUGACUCUAACAAAGCAGAAUGAGAGAUAAUAUGAUUUGGAAAUACUUUGCAGUAGGAUGGCACUCUCAGUGCUAGUCAAACGGAGUCCUGUUAAAGAUUGAAGACUGUGCUUCGUAUUUUUAUACGGACUCUUAACAGACCAUGGGUUUAUUUGUAAAAGGGAAACUCUCAAACAUAAUUAAGCAAUGGAAAAAUGUAUGAAAUUCUUUGGUGCAUCAGGUUCAGUGUCUGCUGGAUGUCCCCUUUUCUCCAGAGUUCUGUACUGCAAACUUAUUACACAGCUGAACUUGGUCAGUCUUCCUUUUCCCGCUUACUGGGCUCCUUUUUGCACAUUUGCAUGGACCUCUUCCUGUACAAAAGGAAACAAAUUACGUGUGAGAAUGUGCCAAUAGAAAGGAGCCAAAGACAGGGAAAGGGGCAAAGAGUUGCCUCCUAGCUGGGGAGCUAAGUCCUUGUUGUAGACACUCACCUUUUAGACAGUUAAAUGUUUGAAGAGUAAGGUUGAUGACCCUUGUCCAACAAUUUGAUAAAUGCUCAGUUGUUUCCUAACUCCUCUUGGACUGUGGGUCAGCCGGAUCGUCUUCCAUGGAACGCCGUUGUUUUCUCUAGCCAUGAAUCAGGGGAAAAUGUUAAUAAUUUGGAGUGUUAUUAUUAUUACCAAAUAUACAAGCAACCAAAAAUUGCAACAACUACUAGGUUCACUGACCGAAAAGGUUUAUAAAAAUGGUCAUGUUCAAAACAACUCUCCAGCCAAGGUUAAGAAGAAUAACCUUGAACUGAGUCAAAGUAUCUCUGCCCAUUUACACAAGGGUCUCUUGUAAACCUACAUUUCCUUUCAAAACAAAAUCAUGUCCUAUAAACACACAGCUUUGACUGAAUGUUCAUUCUUGUCAUAAUGGAAGAUUUAUAUCUAUGCAGAUAAUAUGUGUUUUUCCGUAUUGUUUCCUAUUUAGUCCUCAAUCUCCCUAACUCAAAUUGGGGACUGAGGAGAGAUAAAGGUGGCUAAUCCUAUUGUGCCAUACACUUCCAGCUGUUUCUCAGCCCCAAGUGGGGCCCCAGUGAGUACUGAUUUACAUUUCUGCUGUUUUGUGCAAAUCCUCCAAGUUCAAGUUUCUCCAUCGGUCUAUCUUAAUUGAACCCAGGAGUUGAAUUUAUUAUUUUGUCUGAACAUGUUUGUGAUCUUGUGUUAUAUUUUGGGGCAUGUUACCUUUCUGGGACUAUAAACUAUAGUGAUUAUAUUCAUUGUACUUCAAAAAAACUGGUCAGUAAUUUAUAUAUAUAUAUGUAUUCCAUAUGUCAGUGUGCUUGAAGUGACAGUACAUAGUUUGUAGUAGUUUGUUACUUGCCAACUUUGGCUAUCCUGUAUUUUGAGGACAUUUAAACAUUCCUUAUCCUAUCAAGGUGACAAAAGCAGAAUGUAAUUUUUUUGGAGUCUUCGUGAUUAAUUGUAACAAAUUUUGUUUUUCAAGCUAAUGAAAAUAAAGUUAGUGUUUUUUUUUAAUCAG